GUUCCUUUUUCUGGAAAGGGCUAACUUGGAACACAUGGCAACAGGUGAUUGUUUUCCUUUUGUCGCCUUGGUCUCAUUUAUUUUCAGUCUCAGAUUUUCAGCUGUUUCGUUCGGAACGAACAACGCAAGGAAUUUUGCUCAUCAUCAAAAGUUGCCCUUAUCGUGGGUCGCCAUGUUCGAUCCGACACAACAUGGUCUGAGCCGGGAUUUCCGGCUCACCAAGUUCUCCACAUUGCGCGGGUGAGGUUCGAAAAUUCCUCAAGAUGUCCUUGACCGGCUUCUUCGAGGAGUUUAUAGCGAACAAUUCGCCAAAGAAGAACAAUCCGAUCGUACUGUAGAUGAUAAGCAAAGUGGUUCUGAUAGCGCUGAGGGAGUUGGAAUUGGACUGGAUUCGUCCGUGAUACCGUUGAAACAUGAUUUGCAUUUAGUUCAGACCGUGGAUUUUUUCUACCCGCUCAUCGAUGAUCCGUACAUGUUGGGCCGAAUCGCGCUGGCCAAUGUGGUCAGCGAUGUGUACGCCGUGGGAGCCUUGGAAAUCGACGAAAUCAAGCUGGUUUGCUCGGCACCAACGGAAUUUAGCGACGAGGAACGAGAUAUUGUGGUUCCAAUAAUCAUCAAAGGCUUCCAAGAUGCGGCAGCAGAAUCGAAGUCGCGCGUGAAAAUCGGAAGCAUUGCGCUGAAUCCUUGGUGUAUCAUUGGUGGAAUUGCUACCGCCGUUUGCCACAAAUCGGAGUUGAUCAUGCCGUACUAUGCACAAGUAGGAGAUUCUCUUGUUCUAACAAAGCCUCUGGGAACACAACUGGCAACCAAUGCCUUCAUCUGGAUGACUGAAGAAUCUGAUAACUGGAAGAAACUAACAGAUAAAUUGAGUAAGUCCGAUAUUGAGAAAACGUACGUCAUCGCAAUGGAAUCAAUGUCCCGCCUUAACAAAUCCGGAGCGGAGCUGAUGCAUAAAUUUAAAGCUCACGCAGCAACGGAUGUAACCGGUUUCGGGCUGUUUGGCCACGCGGACAAUUUAGCCAAAUUCCAGAAAGAAAGUGUCGAUUUCGAAAUCCAUACGCUGCCUAUUAUAAAGAACGUAGUACAAAUUGCCGAAUUGCUUGGACGAAGUGCUAAGCUUCUGGCAGGUAAGGCAGUUGAAACAUCCGGCGGACUGCUGAUUAGCUUGCCUGCGGAAAAUGCCCAGGGAUUCUGCGAGGAAUAUGAGGCGGUUUCGGGUCAUGCUGCAUGGAUAGUCGGGAGAGUAGUGGCUGGCAGUCGCACGGUCAAAAUGAGUUCAAAUCCAACGAUCAUCAGCGCAGAAUGAACACUUCUGGAGGGUGCGUGGAAUUUGCGAAUUUUCCUCGUCAGCAAUGAAGGUAUCACUUGCAAAGGAGAACGUAUGAAGCGGACUUUUAAAGGCUGAAAUGCUGGUAAGUUUGUGGAAGUUUUUCUCUUUUGCAGAUGGUAGAUGUUUUUGCUUUCGAGGUUUAUUCGCAAUGAAGUGUGAUCACAUAAAAAUACAGAAUAUAUUAUGAAUUUUAAA